CUUUGUCUCGCUAUUGCAUUUAUAUAUCACGUUUAGUUCUUCCUUUCCCAAUCAAACUUUCCUACAUAAAGAAAUCUCUUAGUUAGGAGAUGACCCUUAAAAAUCCCCAACCACAAAGCACAGAAAGAAGAAGGAGAAGAAGAAGAAGAAACAACUCACCAAAAUGGCUAUGGUGAUGAGGCUAAUGCUUCUCUUCAUCUCCUUCUCUUCCAUCUUUCAUCCCGCAGUUUCAAAGAAAUCUUCUUCAAACAUAACAUGGUGGUGCAGCAAAACGCCGCAUCCCGAAGCAUGCGAUUACUACACGAGCCAAAGCCGCCACCAUUUUGCCCCCAGACACAUGUCGGAGUUCCGGCAAAUGACAAUCCAAUUAGCCAUGGAGCGAGCCCUCAAUGCGAAAAAUCAUGUUCUACAAUUCAGGUCAAACUGCGAGAACCAGCACCAGAAAGCGGCUUGGUCUGACUGUUUAAAGCUUUAUGAUAACACAGUUCUUCAGAUGAAUCGAACCUUGCAAGGCCUUGAAUCUAACAAAACUUGUACAGAUUUUGAUGCACAAACAUGGCUCAGCGCAGCUUUAACCAACAUCCAAACAUGCGAAUCCGGGUCCAUGGAUUUGAACGUUUCUGAUUUCAUUAAUGCAAUCAUAAUUUCCAAUAAUUUAACCCAGCUGCUUAGCAAUAGUUUAGCCAUCAAUGGAGUAUUCGUAAAGCAAGAGAAUACAUCAUACACAGGCGGAUUUCCCAGUUGGCUUAGUCUGCAAGGAAGGAAAUUAUUGCAGAGUUCAUCAUUAACUUUCAAAGCAAAAGCAAAUCUUGUGGUGGCAAAAGAUGGUUCGGGGAAUUAUCGCACCAUUCAAGCUGCCAUUGACGCUGCUGCAACAAGGAAAGGAACCGCAAGGUUUAUCAUUUACGUAAAGAAAGGUGUUUAUAUGGAAAAUAUUGAGGUCGGCCUCAAUAACAAUAACAUUAUGUUGAUCGGAGAUGGCAUGAGGAGUACCAUAAUCACAAGUAGCCGAAGUGUUAAUGGAGGUUACACCACCUACAGCUCUGCAACUGCUGGCAUAGAUGGAUCUGGGUUCAUUGCUCGGGACAUCACCUUCAGAAAUGGAGCGGGUCCGUCGAAGGGUCAAGCGGUGGCGUUACGUUCGGCGUCAGAUCUCUCGGUCUUCUACCGAUGCGCCAUCCAGGGAUACCAAGACACCCUCAUGGUCCACUCGCAACGCCAAUUCUACCGAGAAUGUUACAUCUACGGAACCAUAGAUUUCAUCUUUGGUAAUGCGGCGGUCGUUUUCCAAAACUGUUUGAUUUACGUCAGGAGGCCGCUGAAAGGCCAAGCAAACGUGAUCACCGCACAAGGCCGCAAUGACCCUUUUCAAGACACGGCGAUUACAAUCCACAACUCAAAGAUUUUAGCCGCAUCUGAUCUAAAACCUGUGGUUCAAGCAUUUAAAACGUACUUGGGGAGGCCGUGGAUGCAAUACUCAAGAACGAUUAUUAUGAAAACUUAUCUGGAUAGUCUUGUUAGUCCACUCGGGUGGUCGCCGUGGGCGGUGGAGAGUUCGUUUGCUCUUGACACUUUGUAUUAUGGUGAAUAUAAGAAUUCGGGGCCUGGUUCUUCUACAAAAUGGAGGGUAAAGUGGAAAGGUUUUCAUGUUUUAACCAGCUCUGCUACGGCCGCACGUUUCACAGUUGGUAGUCUUAUUGCUGGCAGAUCAUGGCUGCCGUCGACCGGUGUGCCGUUCACUUCUGGCUUGUGAAUCACGUGAUCUUGUAAUUUAUUUAAUUCAUUUGUUAAUAAUUAUUUUGAUGGAAGAUAUUAUAAUAA